GAGAGCUUCUCCUCCUCCCCCUCCCCCUCCUCCUCCUUCGUGUGCAAGUUCGUCGUCGGAAAUGUCGACCAACUCGAGAUCGAACUCCAGGGCGAACUUCUCGAACGAGAUCCACGACAUCGGGGCGGCGCGAUCCACCACGCCCAGCAUGUACUACAACGAGAGGUCUAUCGCGGACUACUUCCCGCCCCACCUCCUGAAGAAGAUGGUGUCGGAGGUGGUGUCAACGUUCCUGCUGGUGUUCAUGACCUGCGGAGCGGCGGCGAUUAGCGCCAGCGACCCCACGCGCAUAUCGCAGCUGGGACAGUCGGUGGCCGGCGGUCUCAUCGUGACCGUCAUGAUCUACUCCGUCGGACACAUCUCCGGCGCCCACAUGAAUCCCGCCGUCACGCUCUCCUUCGCCGUGUUCCGGCAUUUCCCAUGGAUUCAGGUCCCGUUCUACUGGGCGUCGCAGUUCACGGGCGCCAUUUGCGCGUCCUUCGUCCUCAAGGCGGUGCUCCACCCCAUCACCGUGAUCGGCACCACCGUGCCGCACGGCCCACACUGGCACUCCCUCGUCAUCGAGGUCGUCGUCACCUUCAACAUGAUGUUCGUCACGCUCGCCGUCGCAACGGACACCAGAGCGGUGGGUGAGUUGGCCGGGUUAGCUGUCGGAUCUUCGGUUUGCAUUACGUCCAUCUUCGCAGGGGCGGUGUCAGGUGGAUCGAUGAACCCGGCGAGGACACUGGGCCCGGCACUGGCGAGCAAUGACUACUCCGGCCUCUGGAUCUACUUCCUCGGCCCCGUCCUCGGCACGAUCUCCGGCGCCUGGACCUACACCUUCAUCCGCUUCGAGGACCCGCCCAAGGACGCGCCGCAGAAGCUCUCCUCCUUCAAGCUCCGGCGGCUGCAGAGCCAGUCAGUUGCCGCAACCGACGUCGACGACGAGCUCGAACACAUCCCCAUCUGAUCACCGUUGCGCCGUCGUCGCUAGCGACAUGUGUACUGUGUCCUGUGUGUGUGUGUGGCUCACUUGUGUCGAUAUGCCGGGGAGUACGCGCGUGCGUGCGCACAUGUGGCAGCUGUAGAUUGCUCUCGCUCUCUUGGCCUGUGCAAAGUUCAGAUUUUGGCUGGGGCUCUUCAGUCGAUCGCAAGCGUGUGUGCGUGCGCAUGUGCAAAGUGUAUCUCUCCUGCAGUUGCAGUACAUAAUACAUCCAUGCUUUCGUUC